AGUCUAUCUUCUCUUCAUCUUCAUCACGAUUUCCAUCUAGACACCAAGAUGGACUCCCUCACCGUCGCCACGCAGCACGUGAUUUCCCAGAGACAGGAGGAGCUCUGGGCGGACGCCAAGAUCGACGGACGCGCAGUGUUUUCGAAAAGGGAAAGCUACAAGCUGCACAAACCCAGACUGGUCUCCUUGCAACAGGACAUUGCGAGAAUCUUGCUGCUUGUCCGCGCGAGUUUGAGCCAUGAAUUUGUUGUUAAUACGAGAACUUCCACGAAGAACUCCUGCACCAGCAGCAGCAGCACAACCUCCGGUGAAUGUGAUGCGGACCUCCGGCUGCGAAUUGCAGAUGAAGCAGCGCCUCCUGUCUCCGAAAACAUCUUUUCCCGUUUUUUUGGCGGUGACAUUGGGGUCUUAACCCACGUCGCGAACCAUUUAGCCGGCGUUGGCCUAGUGCUGGGGUUUUUCCAGAAGUGCUACGAACUCGUUUUGCGGCGAAAGAACCAGAAAAAUGAUCAUGGUGAGCAGCUGGAAGCUUCUGGAUCAGAAGGGAAAAAUUCAAAAACUCCUGAGGCAGCGCCAGAAAAUAGUACACAUCGAAUUUCAUCCAAGAAGAUCAACCUGAUCCUCCGCAAACGCCCGCUGCUCAGCGAAUCAGAGAUACAGCAGAACGAGUGGUCGGUUGUCUCCAAAUUCGAGCAGGACGCUCUGCACGUGUGUGAGGGGAGAGUUGCGUACAACAACCGCAGGCUGCAACUGCAUUUGUCGCAUCACUACGGCGACAAGGUUCUCUGCGACGAGGAGAAGCUGCUCUCGGCGGACUGCGUGCGGAAUAGCUUGGAAAAAUUGAGCGAGUUUUGCAGUUGCGCAAGACCACCAUCCCCAGGCGGUAGAGCCGCUAUAUCUUCCUCUUACGUCGAGGGGAAAAGUUGUGAUGCAAGUUCCGCUAAUAUGAAGAGCUCAGCCUCAUCCUCAACCACCUACCUCUGCUACGGGCAGACCGGUUCCGGGAAAACGUUUACGAUGAAGGAGCUUGUGCACGACGUGUUUGGAAAAAUGCAAGAACUGAGGGAGGACAGAAACCAGGAUAACAAGGAUCACGUUGUUGACAGCCCGACAGUACGAAAUCCGAAUCUAAAAUGCCGGAUGCAGUGUUUCGAGGUCUUGCAUAAGCAAAAUACGGUUUUUGACCUACUUUCGCAACGGAAAAAAGUGAAAAUCUUGGAGGACGAAUUUCGCAAAGUGCACGUAAAGGCGAAGUGGGAGGAGAUCGACCUUUGUCUUCAUGCGGGAAUGAAUGCAUCAGAAGGAUCAAGAUCAACCUCUUCCUGGCAACACGUAUUCGACAUCGCGUUGCAAGAACGGCUCUCCGAAGCGACAGAGAGGAACGCAAAUUCUUCCCGGAGUCACGCUUUUUUCGUGUUUGAGUUCUACUACGAGGUAGAUGGUGAGGAAGAUGCUGAUGCUUCUAGUGGUGCUAAUGCUAACGCAACUACAGCAGAAGUUUUUUCUACUUCUGAAAAUAAAACUUCCAAGCCGACGUGCGCAUACGAUGAAAUGACCCGCCCGGGCGAACCGCUAGAAGAUGAACCUGCUAAGGUAAAACUCCCACCUAGAAGAAGAAUAACCCACACGGUUCGGAUUAUUGAUUUAGCGGGGUCGGAAAGGAAUUUCGAAACGCAGCAAAUGACGGCGGAGCAGCACAGGCAUUCCGCGAUGAUCAAUUCGAGUUUGAUGACAUUGAAGACCUGCAUGCGGCUUCUAGCGGCGGAGCAAACAGGUUCCGCUUCUUCUACUAGUGGCGGAGCAGCAAAAAUGAAAAAACAGAUCACAACGAAAAUCAAAAUCCCCUUCCGCGAGUCGAGGCUGACGCAUUUGCUGCAGGAUUGUUUUCAACAGGAGGAGCAGGAGAACAUCAAGAAAAAUUAUCCCCUGGCAGAACAAGUAGACAGUGUUGAUGUUGAGCAGGUCAAAAACAGAAGCACGCACUGCAGUACGAGCAACUCCCUGAUUAUCAUCGCCUGCAUUUCCCCCUCCGCGAGAGACGCGGUGCAUUCCCGGAACACUUUGUCCCACGUUUGUGAGAUGGUUUACGGGGAAAAUUGCUGCCCGGAAACGGUUUUAGACCUUCCCAUCACUCUCUCGGGCCACGAUCGGAAGAGGGUGGAAGACUGGUCGGAAGAGGAUGUGCAGAACUGGCUCGGCUCGGUGGCCAGUGGAAGGUUUGUAUCAAAAGGAAAAAUCCCCCUCCCCAUAUUGAAAAGCAAAUCUGUGAUGCUGGAUUUGUGUACACAAAUCAGAUUGUCUUGUUGGAGUGGAGGACUGCAGGCCCAUUUAUCUCAUGCCAAUGUAGAAAGAGAGGUUUUGGCCUACGCACUUAGCAUGAGGAACGUCUAUACUGUAGGCCCAACAGCAUUACAGACCGCCUGCAUAAUGGGGCGGAGCCUAUGCCGUUGCUUUCUUGCAAGACAGACGCGAUUUGUGGCCACAAAUCAGCAGCGCAAUUUCUCUGAAGCGUGCCUUUUCGAUAUGGGGGGGGUUUUUCCGUGCGAUAGUUUGCGCGGAUCGUUUUGCCGGAUGGGUUCAAGGAUGGGAAGGGGUUGGUGAAGUUGUGUUGCGGAACUGCAGCAAGUAAAACUUCUGCUAGGCCAGGAUUUUCAACAGCAAAUAACAGAGUGAUGGACGAGCAGCAGCAACAGCAAACUUCUGAUGCAGAAGUUUCAGCAUCAGGAUCAGGAACAACUAGUUCUUCCUCUAGCUCCGGCACAACAUCUUCUGCAACCGCCGCUGGUGGCACGGGGGAUGGUAGUGCAACUACUAAUACGACUUCUCCGGCUGCUGGUGUGGAACGAGAUGAGCAAGUAGAAAUGGAAAAUCAAUCGUUUCAAUUUUACCAGAUUUUCGAGACGGACCAGUUGCGUAAAGCGCGAGUCACGGAGGAAGGUGCGAGCUGGAACAUCGCGGGCCCGGAGCAGGUCACGAUGAUCAUGGAACUGUUUCGGAAUUUGGUUUAUCAAAUGCAAAUAUGUCUGGGUCUAGAAGGUUGGAACUUGUACUGCUAGCUUUCCAUACCUAGCCCUAGGAAAUCUGUAUUGCAUAACCAACAAAAUUCGCAGCCUCUUUUGUACAUGCAAACACGCAGCUUCUCAUGCGGAUUGCCUAUGAGAAAGCGUUGUGGAAAGUUGUUAUGCUAGAUUGCAUUCGAAACUGUUUCUAUCAUCCACGUUUUAGCAUCACAAGUUUCCAGACCCAGACAUUUUUGCAUUUCAUAUGGUUUUGGCUGAGGUGAAAGCGAACACGGAUGAUUUUUAGAAAAGACCACACAACGAUAUAACCCACUCAGGUGUUACAAUCUCAAACGUUACAAUAGAAUCUGAGAUUUGUCUUGCAUGAUGAGCAUGACAGACUCGCAGAGCGUUCCACUUUCUGCAAUACAAACUUCGCCAGAUUGUAGUGGGGUUUGGGGCUCCGGAACUUGUCAUGCGCAAUGCGAUGAGAGUUGGCUAGAUCAUGCACUCUUGCAUCACAGAUUUCCAUAUUCUAUGGUAACCGAUUUGAGAUUGUAACACCUGAGCGGGUUAUAAACGACGGACCGACAAGCUGCUCCUGCUGUGUGCGAUUUCGUUAUUCGCUCAUAGGACGCUGAACUACCUGAACGGAUCAUGCAGAUCGAAGAUCACUCAAUGGGGGUUAAUCUUCAUGAAACAAAAUAAACUAAAAAAAAGAAAAAUAUUCUGUCGCAUUUUCGUUGCAAGGUCUUGCGCAGUCUGUCGCAC